AUUCCUGUUAGCGUACAUAGAGCCUGUUCAGAGGGGAAUUAUCUUGUUAAGAUCUAACAGUAUACAGUGUAGGUGUGGUAUAAAUACAUGGCCAUCUAAAAUUCAAAUACAGAAUGUGGAGGUCAUUGUAGAAACCUUCUGUGCCUCAGCUAGUGUGAAUGAAUUAUCAGACUGCUUUCAUUCUUUCCUCACUGUUCACAUUACUAUUUGCAGUUGGGAGCUAUGCCAUAAUUUACCUUUAUAUUAGCAUUGAAAAUUCCAAGGCUUUAAAACCAAAAUAUUUCUUCUUCUUUCACUCCCAGUUUUAUUCGUAGGCUGUAAAAGCACACAAUGUGUCUGUUGAUCAGAAACUGGUUGAGAUGUUAGAAGUUUGUUAAGCCAGGAAAAAAUCCUCAAAAUUAUGAACAUGGUGAAAAAUAAAGAAGUGAGCAUUGAAGGAGCUUUGCAUUUGGCACAGAAAGAGGUGUAUGCUGAAAAGGAUUCACAGGAUUUGCUAACUGGCUCACAAUUUAACUUCAUUAUCUACAAAUACAAACAUUAUCGAUGGCAGAAACGAAUCUUGCAGAUUGAUUUCAACACAAAGACCAUUUUUAACAUCGAAAAAGGAAUUAUUAAGAAACAGUUCCCUUUCUCACAAGUCAAAGCCUGUGAAGAUACUGAAAGGAGGCGCUUCAGCAUUGUGUUUCAUGGGCGACAAGAUUAUGAGCUGGAAGCAGUGUCUCUUGAUGAUAAAAGGAAGAUAACUUACCUUCUGAGCAGAGUUAUACAGAGCAACUCGUACAAGAGACGAGCAGAGUCCUGCUCUGGAAGACCCACGGAAUGUGAUGUGCUGCAUGAAGGACUGCUGGAUUUGCAUCAGAAGACUUUUACAUCCACUGAAUGGGUGAAGUACUUGGUACAGCUACGGGAAGGAGAACUGACUUUAUAUUCCAUAAGUCUGGGAGGACAGAACAAGAAUGCAGACCCUAUAACAAAUACAAUUAAUUUGUCAGGGGGUGAUGUGAGUGUCAGCAAGGAGAACGGAUGCAGUACCUUCUCAGUCCAGACCAAAGAACACUAUUACUUGUUUCGAAUACCCUUUACUGUCCAGAAUAACAGGACAGAGGAUGUUUGUAGGCUGCAGAAUGAGUGGGUGUCUCUCAUAGAAAGGUACUGUCCACAAUGCAAGGAUGCUUCACUGCCUCAGGAGGGAUCUCAAGGGUGCGUUUCCCCCGAAGCAGAUUAUGAGGACUUUACUGUACCUCUGAAUGAACAGAAAGAGGAAGCCCUCCACUUGGGUGCAAGUUCUCCAACAACCAGCCUGAUCAGGUCUCCAAGCCUCCAAACAAAGGCCGCAGAGGGGGAAGCAGCCCCAGCACCACCAUCUCUUCCACUUCCCAGAAGUGUGGCAGAGGUACCACCAGCCCCACCUGUGUUGCCACAGCCCUGCAACCUUUCUCCAUCAACAAAGAGAACAAAAGCUUUUCACUGGGAUGUUGUUCCUUGUGAUAAGAUUCCUAAAUCUAUCUGGGCAUCAUGUGAGCCAUGCAAGAAAAAAAUAGAUGUAUCCAGACUCUGUGAUCAGUUCCAGAUCCAAGACAUGGCAGUAUCUUUAGGAAAUGAACCUUCAGUGAAUCAACACAUCAUGCUAGAUCGAAAAGUUGCACAUAACUUCAUUAUAGUAAGAAUACUACAGAGUAUCAGUCAGACAGGCAGGAGGGUCUCCAAAGGAGAGGGGAACUCUCCUGUGGUGAUAUACAUGCCAACACCAAAAGAUGCAGAAAGGUACCAGUCAUUCAAGGGAUCUCCUUCAGAGCUUCAUGUGGUUGAUCAGUUUAUGUUAGAGAUGUGCAAAAUCCCCCACUUAGGCCAGAGGCUGGAUCUCCUGCUUACCAUACGUGAGCUCCCUGUGAGCAUGAGAGAUUUGGAGCCUCUAAUAAACCAGAAAAUCCAAGCGAGUAAGCAACUGCAAUCCAGCCAGAAAUUUGUUGCUGUUUUGGAGUACAUUUUAGCCAUUGGGAACCAUUUAAAUGAAAAGGCUGGAAAAGAGAAGGCUAAAGGAUUCCGACUGUCAUCCUUGACAAAACUACCUCUGUUGCGUGGUAAAGAGAGAACAUUCACCUUGCUUCAUGCCCUUGUGGAACAGAUCUUCUUACAUGAGCCUGAUCUGGCCAAAUUUUCUCUGGAGUUGACAGAAUUUGAAGCUGUUCCUGAUGCUUCCAUGAAGGGCCUCAGUGCUGAAGUUGAUGUUUUAAAAAAAGAACUGGAAAACGUUAUUCAGUGCAGUCGGCUUAUUAAACCCAAGACAAUGAAGGCAGCACCCCAGGAGUCACAGUUCUACAAGGAACUAAAGGAUUUAAUUCAGAAAUAUGAAGGGGAUCUAUCCCAGCUGUCAAAAAGAUGUGAUGAAAUGAAGAAGCUUUAUAGCAAUGUACUGGUAAAAUUUGGGGAGCCACAAGACCUAGACUCUCAGGAGCUGUUUGGGUGGAUAUCUUCAUUCAUUA